UGGAAUUAAUUGAUAAGGAUGUGGCGGAGGAGAUCGAGCGUGACCUUAGUGAGAAUCUGAGGGUCACCCGCAGCGAGGUUGACCUUGAAGACGAAGGUCAGAAGCUGUGUAGGUCGAGGACGAAGCUCCUCCCACCGGACUUAUACGAGGCGGACACCUGCGCCCUCUGUUACCACUAUAUGAGGAACACCGAACUUUUUGUGAAUAAGUGGAGAAGCGUCGAGGUGGAGAGAACCAGCUGGGAAGGAGAUACAACGCGGGUCUAUAACAUCAACGUCUUGGAGACUCCCGAGGGCUCCUUGGUCGAGGCCAACGUCAGCUCCGAGACGCAACUUUCAUCCUUCAACCUAGAGGAAGGGAGAGAAAAAUGGCGGACGUGCUGUCGAGCGGCGGUUUUGUGUUGCCGGCAGAUGAUGGACGGACCGCAGCCUGCAGGGUACUGCCCGAGCACGUGGGACGGCUGGCAGUGCUGGCCGGCGACCCCCCCGGGCGUAGAGGCGAAGAGACCCUGCCCGCCCUACGUCUACUUCGGAAAGCCUUCGUCGUGUCCCAAAAUGGCCACCAAGCAAUGCACUUCCGUCGGCACCUGGUUCAGCAUAACCGAACGCGACGGCCGGCUUCGCGAGUGGAGUAAUUAUUCCUCGUGCGGAGAUCCGGACAAGAUCUCAUCUCGCCUCUACGUCCACAUCACCGCUUACAGCAUCUCCGUCGCCGCCCUCUUGCCUGCCCUCUGCAUCUUCAUGUCCUAUAAGUGA